GCCAGAUUCUGAGAGUGACUUCAAGAAACAACUUAAAACACAGCAUUUUACUCUCUUAAAUUAAAUUAUCAUUGUUUAGAAGAAUGAAAGAUAGGGGAAGGGGGGGUGAAAUGGAGGGAAAAGUUCAGUCACUCCUACUGAAAGAAAGUUGUCACCAGAGAGAAAGAGGAAGGAGGGAUGUGGAGGAAGAAAAGAGAUAAAUCAGUUGUAUGACGGAGAGCUUCAGACAGAAAGCUGACAGAGCUCAGCAGCUUCUCGUCUCCUCCUUUUUCUGAGAAUGAAAACCCUUGAAGAAGAUGAACUCUGCUUUCCACAACUCCUCAACUCCUCCUGCAGGAAGACCAUGCGUCCUCACUCUGUAUCCAUGCUCACUUACAUUUUACUGUCCUCCAUCUCUCUGCUCACUGUGACUCUCAACCUGCUGGUCAUCAUCUCCAUCUCUCACUUCAAGCAGCUCCAGACCCCCACCAACCUCCUCCUCCUCUCUCUGGCUGUCUCAGAUUUCUUUGUGGGCCUCCUCGUGUGCUUUCAAAUUGUGCUCAUUGAUGGCUGCUGGUUCCUCGGUGACCUCAUGUGUAUUCUGUAUUAUGUUAUAGAUUAUAUUAUUACCUCUGCUUCUGUAGGAACCAUGGUGCUGAUAUCUGUUGACCGCUAUGUGGCUAUUUGUGAUCCCCUACAUUAUCCCACCAAAGUCACACAAAAAACAGUUACGAUGUGUGUUUGUCUGUGUUGGAUAUUUUCUGUUUUCUUUAACACUCUGAUGAUGAAGGAUAACUUUGAACAACCAGGCAGGUAUAAUUCCUGCUCUGGAGAGUGUGUUGUUGUCAUUAACUACAUUGCUGUACUUGCAGAUCUUUUUUUUACCUUUAUUGGUCCUGUCACUGUCAUCAUAGUUCUGUAUAUGAGAGUAUUUGUGGUGGCUGUGACUCAGGCUCGUGCCAUGCGGUCUCAUAUUGCAGCUAUCACUCUCCAGUGUUCAGUGAGAGUAACUGCUAACAAAUCUGAAAUGAAAGCAGCCAGGACUCUUGGUGUUGUUAUUGUCGUGUUCCUGAUAUGCGUCUGUCCAUAUUAUUGUGUCACACUUACAGGCCAGGACACCUUGCUCAAUGUCUCAUCUGCUGCCUUUGUAAUAUAUUUGUUUUAUUUCAACUCGUGUCUUAACCCUGUGAUUUAUGCCUUUUUUUAUCCCUGGUUUAGAAGAUCUAUUAAACUCAUUGUUACACUUAAGAUACUGCAGCCUGGCUCCUGUGACGCCAACAUACUGUAGAGAGACGCUGCAUGUUGGCGGAAAUUAGACAGAAAAAUGUAUUUGACCAUGGUGGAGAGAAAUUGAAUAACCGGUGUAAAAGUCUGUGUACAGUGACCUUUGUAUGAUCACUUUUAUAUACAGAUAAUACUGUAUGUGUCUUGACAUUGAGUAUGUACAGUAUACUGUUUAAUUUUCAAUGCAAAGUGAAGCUACUUAUAAAACCACUUCUGCAACUCUUACUCUUACAUUGUGUCUGUCUGCCACAAAGUUCUGUCAUGAACUGACUUUUUAUCCAGUUUAUACCACAUUUUUUAUAAUACAAAUAUUAGUCCUUGGUUGUUUUUAACAUUAUCUUUUAACUGGUUGAAGGAUUCCAGUCAUCAGAUGUCUUGAUUUUUAAGUUUUACAGAGAAACAUGCUGAGCAAAUGUUUGUGACAACAAUUGUGAUGAGGAACUGUUUUUUUCAG